CUCGCAUGGAGUUGCCCUAGUCUUCAAGUCUUUAUUGUUAUGCCCAAAAAGUCCCACAGAAUCCCUAUAUAAAUGGCCUCCUUACUGAAUGAAGAGGACACUCAUAUCCCCAAGGAAGCAGUAGGGAAGAGGAGAGUUGGGGUUUGGGAAAUGGAGGCUUUUACAGUUAAGCCGUUUAUAUCUAUAGCUUUGGUAGGUGUUCUUGGACUGUUCUUUCGCCUGUAUAAUGCCCUGGUGGUGAAGCCGAAGAAGCUGAGAUCUAUUCUGAGGAACCAAGGGAUCAGUGGCCCGCCACCGUCUUUUCUGCUCGGUAACAUAAGGGAGAUCAAGGAGUCACAGUCCACGGCAGUGAAGGACUCCUGCACCGACACCCACAACUGUGCUGCUGCUCUAUUCCCCUUUUUCGAGAAGUGGCGAAAUAAAUAUGGUCAAGUGUUCAUGUUUUCACUUGGUAACACACAAAUAUUACAUGUGAAUCAACCUGAUAUUGUUAAAGAAAUUACUACAUGCACAUCCUUGGACUUUGGGAAGCCCUCAUACCAACACAGAGAGCUCGGUCCUUUGCUCGGCCAGGGCAUUCUAACCUCGAAUGGAGCCGUCUGGGCUCAUAAUAGAAAAAUCCUUGCUCCUGAAUUGUACAUGGAUAAGGUCAAGGGAAUGAUAGGCCUAAUUACCGAGUCGGUUGACACAUUGUUGAAGACAUGGAGGAGCAUGAUCGAGGCAGAGGGUGGAAUUGCAGACAUAAGAAUCGACGAGCACAUGAGAAGCUUCUCAGGAGAUGUGAUCUCAAGGGCUUGUUUUGGUAGCAGUUACACAAAAGGGGAAGAGAUUUUCUUGAGGCUUAGAGCUCUCCAAGAGGCUAUGUCCAAGAAAAUUUUUUUGGAUAUUCCCGGAAUGAGAUAUGUUCCCACCAAGCACAACAGAGAUGUUUGGGAGCUAGAAAAGGAUGUCCGGAAUUUGAUUCUAAAGGUGGUGAGCCGGAGAGAGGAGUUAGCUGCCCAUGAAAAAGAUCUACUGCAGAUGGUCCUUGAGGGAGCUAAGAACAGCGACCUAAGCCAAGAAGCAAUAGACAAUUUCAUUGUCGAUAACUGCAAGAACAUCUACUUGGCUGGCUAUGAGACCACUGCAGUGUCUGCUGAGUGGUGCCUCAUGCUCCUGGCUGCAAAUCCAGAUUGGCAGGCUCGGGUUCGCGAAGAAGUAGUCGAAAUCUGUAAAGGUAGAACUCCAGAUGUGGAUAUGAUCCGCAAAAUGAAACAGAUGACGAUGGUGAUCCACGAGUCACUGCGACUCUACCCGCCAGUAGCGGUGGUGUCGAGGGAGGCCCUAGCGGACAUGAAAUUCGGAGGCAUCCAUGUGCCAAAGGGGGUGAAUGUAUGGAGCCUGGUGGUGACACUGCACACAGACCCUGAAAAUUGGGGACCGGACGCGCUUAAGUUCAACCCUGAGAGGUUCGCAAAUGGGAUCACAGGUGCCUGCAAGCUCCCACACUUGUACAUGCCGUUCGGGGUCGGUCCAAGGGUGUGCCUUGGCCAGAAUUUGGCCAUGGUUGAGCUCAAGAUACUUAUAAGUCUGAUACUGUCCAAUUUUUCAUUCUCCCUUUCUCCUAAUUAUAAACACUCACCUGCACUCAGGCUGGUGAUAGAGCCUGAGAAUGGAGUCGAUCUCUUGGUAAAGAAGUUGUGAAGGAGGUAGAUGGGGUUGAGAUGUGAAAAAUAAGGGAGGAGAUAUUUACACUUACUAUCAUUAUAAUGUAGUUUAAUGUUUAUUUGGCUGGCUUCCUUGGUGUUUCAACCUAGAAGAGAAGCUUCUUUUUCCUA